AUGUUCAGACCUACAAUCGCUCGCCAGGCCUUCAAGGCUUUCAAUCAGAGCUCCCGCCCUGCUGCGUUGGGUUCCUCCCGACCAGCUGUGACCAGUACCUUCUUCUCCCGUCCCCUUUCACACACCGCUCCUCGUUUCAAAACCGACGACGAAGAUGAAAUCAUCAAGAAUGACCCUCUUCUCUCUGCCACCACCAAGGCUCCUGAAGGUGCUGCAGGCGACCAGGAAGGUCGUUUCGCUCGUACCGACGAGAACGUGAAGAUUGAAUACCCCGAUGAUGCCCACAUGCCUCGCAGUCCGAUUGUCCAGGGCCGUGGAGGUGUACACUUUAAGCGAACCCUGGCUCAGUUCUCGCUGGAGAAUAAGGUUAGCGUGAUUACUGGGGGUGCCCGUGGUUUGGGUCUGGUUAUGGCCCAGGCUUUGGUUGCUUCUGGUUCUGAUAUUGCCAUUGUUGAUUUGAAUCGUCAGGAAGCUGAGGAACAGGCACAGAAGCUUGUCGAGCAAUUCCAAAAGGAGAACCCGGGCUUGGAACAGCUGCCUAACGUUACCGCUCACUAUGCCGAUGUGGCUAGCCCUGACUCGGUGAACGAAUCGAUUGCGGAGAUCAUCAGCAAGCACGGCAAGAUUGAUCACUUGGUCACGUCGGCCGGUUUCACCGAGAACUUUGACGCCAUUUCAUACCCCCAUGAUCGCAUGCAGAAGCUGUGGGGUGUAGUUGUUGAUGGUACAUACUUGUUUUCGACUGCUGUUGCCAAGCACUUGAUGGAGCGUAAAGCCCCAGGAAGCAUGGUGAUGAUCGGUAGCAUGUCUGGUGCCAUUGUCAACGUUCCCCAGCCCCAGGCUCCUUACAAUGCAGCCAAAGCAGCUGUCCGCCAUCUGGCUUCGUCCCUCGCCGUCGAAUGGGCCGGCUACGAUAUUCGUGUGAAUGUGAUCAGCCCCGGAUACAUGUUGACAGCUUUGACCCGCAAGAUUCUGGACGAGAACCCCGAACUGAGAGACAAGUGGAUCUCGCUUAUUCCCGUCGGGAAGAUGGGUACACCAGAGGAUCUGAUGGGGGCCGUUACCUUCCUGCUCAGUGAUGCCUCCAAGUACAUGACCGGUGCGGAACUCCGUGUCGACGGUGGCUACACCCUGACCUAA